AUGACGACGACGAGAGAGGAUGAAAAAAGAAUGACGACCGCUUCUUCAAAGUCCCCUAAUACUACUACUAAGAACAAGAGCAACGAGGACGACGAAAACGACGCGAUGAGAAAGAGGAGAAGUCCGCUCUCGCAAGUGCUCUCUCCGAAUAACGCAUCAUCGCCCUUACAUUCCGGGGAGUAUUCUGAUGGAGGAGGCAACGCGACGACGCCAACGAGAAGGCAUUUGACGACGGGAGAAUUGACGAGACCGAGCUUGAAAGUGUACGUGGAACAGAUGACGACCCCGCCUCCAUCAUCAUCAUCACCAUCAAUCGUUGACGAUGAUGAUAAUAAUAAUAAAAGAACAACAAAAAGCGUGGAGGAAAUCGCGGAGCAGCUGUUGAAGGAAUCGAACGAGGGUCAAACAAAGACGGUUUUGAUGGACUUGUUACAGACGGCGAAAGAGAACGCGAGUUACAAGCUGAUGCUGGAACGGAUGAAGUCAGACGAGGUGGAAUAUUCGUUGAGGUCGUCGAGAAAGAUGAGCGAGGUGACUCAAGUGUACGAGACGUUAAAAGAGGACAAGAUGAAAGCAGAGAUGAAGAUUGCGAAGUUGGAAGAGGAGAAGAAGAGUUUGAUGACGGCGGCGGAACGAGCGAGAAGCGCGAACGUCGAUACCGAUUUUGGCGCCGCCAAGACGCCUUUAACGGCUCCAGCGAAGCAAUCAUCGCUGUCGUCGUCAUCUUCGUUUCGUUUUGCAACGACGUCGACAGUCAACGAUGGUAACAACAACGUUGGAAUCUUUGCCUCGCCGAGAUGGGAAGCGGUGAAGAAAUCAGCGACGGAAACGGCAGAACGUUUGAGAGCGCUUUCGAGCGAGAAAGGCACGGCGGCUUCUCCGUUUACCGGCGGAAAAGCGCGAACGAUGGUGAUUGAAGAUGAAGAGGAGGAUAUUUUCGUCGACGCGUUGAACACGGUCGCACAGACGCAACAACUCCAUCGUAGUAAAAGAAUGACGGCGCCAACGACGGCGAAACCAUCAGUCAGGGCGAUCGAAAAGACGCAAAACUCCAUAGCCGACGCCUUGAGAGAUUCCAACAACGAAGUUGAAGUUAAGAGUUUGCUCGCUUCCCUAGACGAGUACGUUCUGACGCUCAGAGAGAGAAUAUCGACGACGACGACGAUGAACAGUGGUGAAGAAGCGAGUACUUCUGCUCCUACGCGAGACCAGCAACAGCAGCCGGGAGACAAGAACGAGGAAGAAGAAGUUUUGAAAAUUGCGGAUAAAGCGGACACUUCGAUAAAAUCGCUCUUCCAACUCUUAUUUAUUAAAGACAACAAAAAGAAGGAAGGAGAAAAAGAAGCUAUCGCGACGAAAGAAAAAGUAGAUACUAAAGUUGACCGGGUUAAAUCGGAUUUACUGAAAACGUUCGAAGAGGAAAACGAUGAUGCGCAAAAUCGAUUAUUGAAGGAACAAAACGAGCGUAAGAAGGACAACGAGAAAGCAGUCGAAGCUUUGAAUAAAGUUCAGUCACUCUUAGACGAGAAAACAGACGAAGCGAAACGAACGGUGGAGACUUUGGAGAGUGAGCGACGGAAAAACGAAGCGUUACAGACGCAAUUGGGCCAAAAAAUGAAGGAGAUCGAAGAUAAGAAGAAAAGCGUCGCGAGUGUAUCCGUGCAAACAGAAGAAGUGGAAGAAAGUAACAGUAAUAGUAAAUUCGACGAGUACGAAUCGUUAGUGGCAUCGCUCAAAGAAGAGAAUGAAGGUAAAGACGUGCAGAUGCUUCAGUUGCAGCAAGAGUUGGCGGAUUCGAUGUCCGCGAAGAACGUGGAGCUUUCGAAACUCGCGAAGGAGUACAGAGAGCAAGAUGAGAAAGUUUCCGAACUUUCGCACGCGUGCGCUACCCUCGCAGAUGCUUUGGAGUCUGCAGAACACGAGGUUGAGAUGUUGAAAGAAAGAGUAAAAGGUGGAGGCGAAAUAGAGAUGAAGAUGGAAUCUUUGAAGGAGGCGUUGACCGAACGCACACACGAGCUCAACAUCGCGCAGUCUGAAAAGACCGAGUGGGAACAAAAAUACGAAGAUUUACAGUCUGAAAUGCUUUUCAAAGUCGCCGCGUUGGAGACUUUGAAGAAAUCUUUUGCAGAAUUAGAAGCGAACGAAAAGGAAGUCGAAAAUAUGGAAAGUCGUAACGGUCUGUUGGCGGAUGAGGUGGAAAUUUUUGAACGUCUGUUUGAAGAAGAGAAGCAAAAGAAAAUAGAUUUAAUCUCGAAAUACAACGAAGAGAAGGAAGACAUGCUUGAAAUGAUAAAUCAUCUCGGGAACGAUAUGAAGAAGUACGAAUGCGAAGCGUUUACUUGGUGGACGAAAGCAGAGCUCGAAAAUACGCGCGCAGCUGAUUUAGAAGACGAAAUAGAGCGCUUACAAGACGAGCUCGAACGCGUCAACGAAGAACAGGACGAGCGCACGGAAUUACUCUUGGACGUAGCGAAACUCAAGGAAGAAAAGCGAGCAGUCGACGAAGCCUUGGAAAAAGUCGACACGACGAAUAAAACGUUGAACGUUCGCUUGAAGAAAUCGUACGAGCGAAUACAGGAGUUGGAUAAAGAGAUUGAAUCCGCCAAUAGCGAUUGCGAUUUCUUGCGAAAAGAAGUCGACGAAGCAAACUCGAGAGUGAAAGUUCUCGAAGCGUGGUGUAAAGAGACAAAAGUUCACGGUGAAAUUGAUGAUGGUGACGAUGAUGAUACUAAUAUCUCUGAUUCGUACGAUUACGCUAAGAUUCCCGCGAGAUAUGAAGAAUUGAAGCUCGAGAAUAUCGAAUUGAUGGAGAAAUUGACCGCCUCGAAAGCGGUGGAAGAGAGUUUAUCGCAGCGACUCGAAAAUACUAUGCACGAAACCGACGGGUUGAAAGAUGAAGCGAAGACUGCGCUCAUGAAAUCAUCUGAAAUGCAGAAAAUGACUGAAAAUGCGGUGGAGAAAACGGCGCAAAUGACCAGCGAGCUGGAAGAAGCGACGAAUGAAAUACAAAAGCUUGAAAAUUUAUUGGCGGUUUCGAGACGGCAAGUACAGACGCUUGAAAAGCAACUCGCCGCGCCACGAGGAGAGAUCCAUCAAGAAGCAGAAAUGCAUCCAAUCUAUGAGAAUGAAGAGGAUACGAGCGCCAUCAAAGAGUAUUUCGAGGCGCAAAACGAAGAGUUAACGGCACUUUUAGCGUCCAAGGCGAGCGAAUUGACGCAGAUGCAAGCUGAAAUUGAAAUUUUGAAGAACAAAUCGAGUUUGGAAGAGGAUGCGAAAACGCUUCGAGGUGAAAAUUACGAGCUCGCUGUUCGACAUAAAGCGACGUUAGAAAGAUUGACUGCAACUAUGGAAGAGAAGGAAGCUUUAGAAAAGUCCUGCGAACACUACGAGACGACGAUAGAAAACAUGCAAAUGGUUGUGAAAGAAUUGAAGACGGAAGUUGAAAAGUUGAAGGCGGCGCCGAAGGAGACGUCGCAGUCGACGAAAACCAUCGAAGAUGGACGUCCAUCGUCAUCUGAAGCCAACGCCACUGCGGUUCGCGAAAAGAUCAUUUACGUGCAUAAUCCACAGCAGCAUCUUCCACCGCACGCGAGACACGCGACGACGACUGAAGAGGAUGAAAUGUUUUACGACGUCGACGACGAUUUCCAUCAGCACCGCCGCCAAAGUCGCAACGCUCAAAGAGUUUCCGUGUAUCCACUCGCACCAAAAGGACAGUUACCGCCGUUGCACAGAAAUGCCAUUGAAUCUUAUCACUUAGACGCGCAAAGAAUGCGUUUACGUAAAGAGUGCGAAUUGGAAGAGCGAGAGUUGUUGCGGAUGAAACAAGAGAAGAGAAUAUUAUCGGCGAGAAUGAAGGAGGAGAAACGCUCUUCUUCCUUGAACAAAGAAUCAGAAAAGAAGUCGACAAAAAUGAAAAAGAGCAACAGCAAGAAGAAUAGCAGCAGCUCUGCCACGACGAGUGCGACGUCGGUGGACUUUCCGGCGCAAUCGCUCUCGUUCAAGACGCCGUCGCAAACUGGCGCGGCGAAGAACGACGAAUCUUCUCCACCACCUUCCUCCUCCGAAAUCCUCGACGGUUACAAAGCUCCUAAAAACACACCCGCGGAAACGACGGAAAUUCCAAUGAAUACCAACGACGACGAAAACGCCUCCGUCCUAUUAGAAACCGCCUUGACGGCAAAACUCGUUCUCGAAAACUCGCGCAAAGCGGACGAAAAAGCCAAACACUACAAAAAACAGGCGAGAGCGGCGUUCAAAUCUCUCGAAAAUAUUAGCGAGGAAAUGCGAAAGAUGAAACAAGCCUUCGUCAAAGACCAAGAGGAGACAACGAUGUGUAUUACUCCUUUGACGGAAUCUAAAUUUUUGAUGAUGCGAAAAUAG